GUCUAUUUUGGUAUUAUGUGUUCCUUUCAGACUGUUCCAGACUGUGUGAAGCCUUAUUGUUGCUAUGGUAAUGACCUUGACCUUGCCAGUCACUACCGUGUGGUGGUUUGUACAUGUGCCACUGCUGGUAUUCUCUACACACUUGGGAUCAAGGCCGGACACUUUUCACAUGUAUUUGUUGACGAGUCAGGCCAGGCAACAGAACCUGAGUGCAUGAUUCCCUGUGGGAUGGUGGCUGGAGCAGACGGUCAGAUUAUACUGGCAGGAGACCCAAUGCAGCUUGGACCUGUCCUACGGUCAAAACAUUCCCUGAAAUACGGUUUGGAACUCUCCUUUCUAGAGAGGCUGAUAAAUACACCACUGUAUCAAAGGAAUGAAAGCAUGUUUGCAGACCAUGGUUGCUAUGAUCCUCUCCUGGUGACAAAGUUAGUGGAUAAUUAUCGGUCCCAUUAUGCGAUUCUCUCGCUGUCAUCUCAGCUGUUCUACCAUGCAGAGCUACAGGAACAGGCAGACAGACAGGUCACACAUGCCUUAUGUGACUGGCAGAUGCUGACCACAAAAGGCUUUCCUGUCCUCUUCCACGGAAUCAGGGGUGAGGAUACUCGAGAAGGGGAUAGUCCGUCCUGGUUCAAUCCAGCAGAGACAGUCCAGGUGGUCAGGUAUUUGCAGGGACUGAUGCGGGACGAGAAACAUCAAGUGGCUGCAGAGGAUGUGGGAGUGAUUACUCCUUACAGAAAACAGGUAGAGAAGAUUCGGCUGCUGAUUGACAAACUUGGGAUGGACAUGGUAAAAGUUGGAUCAGUUGAGGAAUUUCAGGGUCAGGAGAGACGAAUCAUCAUUAUAUCAACGGUGAGGUCAAAUGAACGUCUGAUAGGAUUUGACAUGAAGCACACCCUGGGAUUCCUGAGCAACCCUAAAAGGUUCAAUGUAGCCAUCUCACGUGCCCAGUCUCUCCUGAUCAUUAUAGGAAAUCCAUUUGUUCUGUCACAGGAUAAGUACUGGCAGACAUUGAUACAUUACUGUAUAGAGAACAAGGCCUACACAGGGUGUGACCUUCCUGACCUUUCGGAGCUGGAGGAGUUCAAAGGUCAAGGACUUCCAAAAGAAGAUCGUUACACAUCUGAGAGAGAUGUAAGAUGAAGUUUUAUAAUCAUGAGUUAUGGACAGUUUCCCCUGUCAUCAUGGGACCAAAGUGUCAUUUCCUGGCAAUGCCCUGAAGAGGUGUUUGUACUGUAUGUUUACAGUAGAGACUAAAGCACAGUGAUAGCAGAUCAGUCUGAAGGUAGUAUCCAAUAGACACAUGUAAGAAACACGGCUUUAAAAUGUGCUACAGGACUAAUCAGAGAUUCUUUUAAUGUUUGUUCAUUUUAUCACUUUCAGGACUAUUUUAAAUCUCAAUAAGUUUUAUGUCAUAGUCAAGCCAUGAUCAAUCACAGGAAACAAUGAUCAAUUUGUUAUUACAUUCAAAUGAUACAGACAGGAGUUGUUACACUAUCAAAUGAUGUAAAAAUAAUUUAUUACAUUUUUACCAGUGAAAUAUCAAAAAUUAUUCAUUCUAUAAAAGUGAUAUUUUUCACUAGUGAAAAAUAUCACU